GAAACCUAACUCAACCCACCAAAUGGCGGCGUAUAGAGCCGAAGACGAUUACGAUUACCUUUUCAAGGUGGUGCUGAUCGGCGAUUCGGGUGUGGGCAAAUCGAAUUUGUUAUCUCGAUUCACCAGGAACGAGUUCAGUCUCGAAUCCAAAUCCACCAUUGGAGUUGAAUUCGCCACCCGCAGCAUCCAUGUUGAUGACAAGAUUGUUAAGGCCCAGAUUUGGGACACCGCCGGUCAGGAGAGAUAUCGGGCAAUUACUAGUGCAUAUUACCGAGGAGCUGUUGGUGCAUUGCUUGUCUAUGAUGUCACUCGACAUGUCACAUUUGAGAAUGUUGAAAGAUGGUUAAAGGAGCUUCGUGAUCACACUGAUAACAAUAUUGUGAUCAUGCUUGUUGGUAACAAGGCAGACUUGCGACAUUUACGUGCUGUUUCCACUGAAGAUGCUAAGAACUUUGCUGAGAGAGAGAGAACCUUCUUUAUGGAGACAUCAGCCCUUGAGUGUAUGAAUGUAGAGAAUGCAUUCACAGAUGUACUAACUCAAAUAUAUCAUGUAGUGAGCCGAAAAGCCCUAGAUAUAGGGAAUGAUCCAGCAGCAUUGCCAAAGGGACAAACCAUUAAUGUUGGGGGAAAGGAUGAUGUUUCAGCUGUCAAGAAAGUCGGUUGCUGCUCUGUUUAAAUAUAGAAGGAUCAAGAGUGUCAUGAUUUCCAUAUAAGCACAAGACCUUCUAGGGUAUCUUGCAGGUGCCGGAAUGUACCUGAUAUUACUGUUUGGAGUUUGCAUCUCGUAAGAAAUACUGCAGCUUAAAAUUUUAUUAUUCGAUUUGACUUCAGUUGCUUUCAUUAUUUUUCUUUUUUAUUUUUUUAUAAAAAUUUUCUCCCUCCUGUAAGGUUCUACUCCUUAGCUUUGGUAGUUUUUGUUGUAUCAGAUGCUUUAGAAUACAAUGUUUUCAUAUUG